AUGGCAUUCUGGGUUGGCUGGGCACUGUGGGAGAAGUUGACUUUGGUACUCGUGCUCAUUGCUGCCUCUCUCGUCCUGCAACUUCAGCAAUGGAGGACGCGCAGAUACGCAGCAGCCGAAGCUCACCAGAAAGUGGAGGAUUCUGAGCGGUAUCCCAUGCUCGCACAUGAUGACAUUCCCUUUGGAGCAAGAGCCCUUGAGAGAGGAGUGCAAAUCGAAGGUAUCUGGAUCUCCAACCACAACACUCCAGUCCAAACCCCUCAUCAGCCGGGAACUCCCAUCGAAAGCCGCUCGCCCAGUCCUGCACCAAAAUCAAUCCCCUCGCACUCUGAAAUGAAACUGGCAUCACCGGUCUAUGAGAACAUUGCGAUUACUCGUGCCUCUCUGCCGCCAUUCGCCCCGGCUCCAAUGCACUCCAACGCAGGCGUCUUAGCAGGGGACAGUUACACUCACGAAUCACAACGACCCAGAGGAAUGUAUUCCUCCAUGAUGGCAUCCAGCUUCCCGAUUCCACCCAGCACCUCCCACCGCCGCAGUGAUACCUUGGUCACUAGUGACAAGCGCGCCAGCUUCCACAGUCGAGUCUUCCGUGCAAGCCAACUGUCCGAUACCAAGGGUCGCGCCAGUCCCAACGACCACGACGAGGCAGGGUUGGGUUCAGCUGGCAAUGACGUCGGUGCUCGGCCGGGGGACGAGCAGCAGGCUUCACGGAUGACUAGACUUCUUCGAAGGCGGUCAUCGGAGGAGUUCAGACGCAAGAUGAGUGCGAUCUUCAACGAGAGAAUCCAUAUGAAUACGCCGAGCGAUCAAACCCAAGACCCCCCCACACUGCAACAAAAGCGACGCACUUUUCGGAAAUCUCUCCUCGGGCCUUUUCGUUCUUAA